AGCUAAAAGAAAUGAAGACAAUGCUGUGUGUUCGAAAAAGACUAAGGCUAUGCAAAAAUUGAACAAAAAUGAUGAAAUAUCACAUAUGUCUAGUACAAAUAAUACAAAUAUUGAUCUACAUGUUCCACAAAAUGUAAUAUUACUGAUUCAUGACCCAAAAAGUGAUGGUAAUUGUGGGUUUCGAUCAUUAGCCAUAGCAAUUUUUGGAGAUGAAGAACAAGUUUUAUCUUAUACGGAUUUGGGAAUUGUUUUACAAAAAUACUGGUUUUAUUCGCCAGAAUGUACGCAGCUAGCAUCAAACACAUUCAAUGUACCAGUCAUAGUAUUGGCUGCUAAAAGCUAUUCCUUCAUGCCACUUAACCAAGAGCA